AUGGAAGUUAUAAGGCACAGAAAUAUAUCCGUGAACGGAAUAAAUAUGCACAUAGCCGAGAUCCCUGGUGACGGUCCACCGGUUCUUUUCCUUCAUGGUUUCCCGGAGCUCUGGUACUCGUGGCGCCACCAGAUGCUUUAUCUAUCCUCAUUGGGUUACCGAACAAUUGCCCCUGACCUUCGCGGCUUUGGAGACACUGAUGUCCCUCUUUUGGUUGCUGAGUACACUGUUUUUCACAUAAUCGGGGACUUGGUGUCUCUUCUCGACUCCCUUAGUCUGGACCAAGUCUUCCUUGUGGGCCAUGAUUGGGGUGCUGUUAUGGCUUGGCAGUUCUGUUUGCUAAGGCCUGAUCGUAUUAAGGCCUUGGUUAAUCUGAGUGUUGUGUUUAGUCCAAGAAAUCCGCUUAGAAAGCCAAUUGAAUCAAUGCGCGCCAUAUUUGGAAAUGAUUAUUACGUUUGCAGAUUUCAGGAAGUUGGAGAAGCUGAAAAAGAGCUUGCUAGUGUAGAUACUGCCUUAGUAAUAAAAAAGUAUCUAACAUAUCGUGAUCCCGGCUUGUUGUGUGUGCCUAAAGAAGUUGGAUUUGCAAUCGAUCCAAAUACUAAGAUAGCACUUCCCUCUUGGUUGUCUGAAGACGAUGUGAAUUAUUUUGCAACCAAGUUUAAACGCACGGGCUUCACUGGCGGGUUGAACUAUUAUCGAGCUAUAGACUUAAACUGGGAACUGACUGCCCCAUGGACGGGUGUUCAAAUUAAGGUGCCGGUCAAGUUUAUUGCAGGAGACCUGGAUUUGACUUAUAAUACACCUGGUGUGAAGGACUUUGUACACAAAGGGGGAUUUAAAAAAUAUGUUCCUUUCUUGCAAGAAGUUGUCAUAAUGGAGGGAGUUGCUCACUACAUUAACCAAGAAAAGGCGCAAGAAGUCAGUGAGCAUAUCCACGAUUUCAUCAAGAAGUUUUAAAUUACGCUAUAAGUGUCACUGUCUUCUGGUAUAAUCAUAAGUAAUCUUGUCGAAUAAUGGAUCAUUAGUGAUUUAAUUAUUAUUGACUUUCCAUCUUAGCUCAUGGAAACUGGAAA